CAUCUUUACUCCGUGCGUGCAGCGCUUUACCUCAACCAAACACUUACAGGGCUCUGAUUCAUUUGAGGACGAGCACUAUGACCGUGGAUGCUCCAUCAAAGGAAGAAUACCAGCUCCGUCUGGAGAGAUGGGCUGAACGUCUGAAAAGCCAAACAAUUUCGCAUCUGCCUGCCGAUUACAGUAGACCUGUUCCUGCUCGCUCAGUAGAGGCUACUUUUGAAAAAGAUGUCGAUCUGGACACAGAAGAUGCUCUCGUAACCUUGGCUAUGAAGGCCAAAGGUGACGGUUUCGUCGCUUCUCCUUUUGUGACGCUUCUGACGGCCUUCAUCGUCCUUGUUAACAGAAUGACUGGUGAUGAAGACAUCAGUGUGGGAACUAGCUCUGAAAAGGGCACUCCUUUCGUUCUCCGUUCCUUUUUGAAUGCCGAGGAUAGCUUUUUGACACUUUUGAAAAAGAUUGCUGAAAUUGAACGUAACUGGAGUGCGGAUACUGUUGAUUUCAACGAUUUGUUGCAGCAUCUUAAUGCUGGCAAGUCUGAAGACGAGAAAACCCGUAACGGUCUGGUGUAUACUCGUUUCUAUAAUGCACCUGAUGCGCCUUCCAUGAAAUUCCUUUCUUCAACCGGCCUUGACGUUGACGUUACCGUAAUUGUGUCUAUUGAUGAAAGCAAGCACUCAUCUCUUCGUGCUGACUCCAUCUUGCCUCCUCUUAAAUUGCAAUUUAUUUACAACCAAUUGCUGUUUUCUAAGGCCCGCAUCAGCAUUCUUGCAAGCCAGCUUCUUCAAGUCGUGAAGCUUGCUGCUAAAAAUGUGCUUAACCAGCUUCCAGCAAAGAUUUCUUUGAUUACGGACGAACAAAAGGCCCUCCUUCCUGACCCUACUAAGGAUCUGGGUUGGUCUGAUUUCCGUGGUGCUAUUCAUGACAUCUUUGCCGACAACGCAAAGAAGUUCCCUGAGAGAGAAUGUGUUGUUGUUACACCUCCUGUCACUUCUUCUGCUCCUACAAAGUCCUUUACUUAUCGUCAAAUUCACGAGGCCUCAAAUGUGCUCGCCCACCACCUUGUUAAGUCCGGUGUUCAACGUGGUGAGGUUGUAAUGGUGUAUGCUUACCGUGGCGUGGACUUGGUUAUUGCUGUCAUGGGUGUCCUGAAGGCCGGUGCUACCUUCUCCGUCAUUGACCCUGCUUAUCCUCCUGCCCGUCAAAUUAUUUAUCUCAGCGUUGCAAAGCCUCGUGCUUUGGUAGUGUUGAAGGAUGCUGGUGUUGUUUCGCCCACCGUUGUCGAGUAUGUUGAGAAGAACUUGGACAUCCGUACCUUCGUUCCUUCUCUUAAGCUUCAUGAUGACGGUUCUGUUACCGGUGGUGAAGUGAAUGGAAGUGAUAUUCUUGCUGAUACACAAUCCCUUCGCUCUAAGGACACGGGUGUUGUUGUCGGCCCUGACAGUACUCCUACUCUCAGUUUCACCAGUGGUAGUGAGGGUGUACCAAAGGGUGUUCGAGGCAGACACUUCAGUCUUGCUUACUACUUCGAUUGGAUGUCGAAGGAGUUUAGCCUUACUGAGAACGACAGAUUUACAAUGCUUAGUGGUAUUGCUCAUGACCCUAUCCAACGUGAUAUCUUUACUCCCUUGUUCUUGGGUGCGUCGCUUAUCGUUCCUACUGCCGAUGACAUUGGUACUCCCGGCCAAUUGGCCGAAUGGGCUAGUAAGUAUCAAGUCACUGUUACUCAUUUGACUCCCGCCAUGGGUCAAUUGCUUUCGGCUCAGGCUGAAGAGCCUAUUCCUUCGCUUCAUCAUGCUUUCUUCGUUGGUGAUGUUUUGACCAAGCGUGAUUGUUUGCGUCUUCAGGCACUUGCCGUUAACACCGCUGUUGUUAACAUGUAUGGUACCACCGAGACUCAGCGUGCCGUAUCCUACUUCGUCGUCCCUUCCCGUUCCCAGGACCCUACAUUCUUGGAAACCCAAAAGGAAAUUAUUCCCGCUGGUCGCGGUAUGUACAAUGUUCAACUUUUGGUUGUCAACCGUCAUGAUCCUCAUCAAAUCUGUGGUAUUGGUGAAGUCGGUGAGAUCUACGUUCGUGCCGGUGGUUUGGCUGAAGGUUAUUUGGGCAAUGAGGAACUUUCCAAGACUAAGUUUUUGACCAGUUGGUUUGCCGAUCCCAGUAAGUUCAAGGAUAACACUCCUGCUGAUGCUCCUUGGAAGCCUUACUGGUUUGGUAUUCGUGAUCGUAUGUAUCGCUCCGGCGAUCUUGGUCGUUACAUUCCUUCCGGUGAUGUUGAGUGCACGGGUCGUGCCGAUGACCAAGUUAAAAUCCGUGGUUUCCGUAUCGAACUUGGUGAAAUUAAUACCCAUCUUUCUCGUCAUCCCAAUGUCCGUGAGAACAUCACUCUUGUCCGUCGCAACAAGGAUGAGGAGCCUACGUUGGUUGCUUAUGUCGUUCCCCAAAACCUUAAUGAGGAUGAUGAGUGCAGUGCAACUGACACAACUGAUCCGAUCGUGUCUAAUCUGCGCCGUUACCGCAAGUUGAUUCGCAAUAUUCGUGAAUAUUUGAAGACUAAGCUUCCUUCUUACGCCGUUCCUUCUGUUGUCAUUCCAAUGAACAAGAUGCCUCUUAACCCUAAUGGAAAAAUUGACAAGCCUGCUCUUCCUUUCCCUGAUACCAAUCAACUGGCUGCGGCUUUCCGUUCACGUGGUAACAAAAAUGCUGAACAAUUGACUAAGACUGAGGAGCAAAUGAAGAAGAUUUGGUUGGCCAUUAUCCCUCACGCUACUGAGGUUUCUAAAACCGCCAAUUUCUUUGACGUUGGUGGUCACUCAAUCCUCGCUACUAGACUUAUUUUCGAGUUACGUAAAGUUUUCGCUGUGAAUGUUCCUCUUGGUUUGGUCUUCCAACAACCCACUAUUGAGGGACUUUCUAAGGAAAUUGAUAGACUGAAGCUUGGUGAUGUUGCUAAUGUUGCCGGAGCUGCACCUUCUCAAACUAAGAACGAAACUGAACUUAGUUAUAGUGAGGAUGCUAGAGCUUUGGUGAAGGAACUUCCUCAGACCUUCACCCCUGUUGCUGAUUUCUCGAAGGAUGCCGAAAAGGUCGUUUUCCUUACCGGCGGUAACGGUUAUCUUGGUGUGUUCAUUCUGCGAGACUUGCUGCAACGUAACAACAAUGUCCGUGUAUAUGUAUUGGUACGUGCCAAAUCAGAGGAGCAUGGUCUUCAGCGUUUGCAAGACAGUUGCAUUGCUUACGGUGUCUGGGAGGAUGCUUGGAAGGACAAAAUUACUGUUGUUACCGGUGACUUGGCCAAACCUCAAUGGGGAAUGGAUGAUGCCACUUGGAAGCAUGUCGCUGAGACUGUUGAUACUAUUAUUCACAACGGUGCUUUGGUGCACUGGGUUUACCCCUAUACCAAGCUUCGUGGCCCCAACGUCAUUGGUACGCUCACUGCUAUUAAUCUUUGCAGUAUUGGCAAGCCGAAGUCUCUCUCUUUUGUUUCUUCUACGUCCACUUUGGAUAAUGAGCACUAUGUCAACCUCUCUGCUGAUAUAAUGAGCAAGGGUGGUAACGGUGUUCCUGAGUCUGAUGACCUCGAGGGUUCCGCCGUCGGUCUUCAAGGUGGUUACGGUCAGAGCAAGUGGGCUGCUGAGUACCUUAUCCGUCAAGCCGGUGCUCGUGGUUUGAGAGGUGUAAUUGUACGUCCAGGCUACAUUUUUGGUGACUCUAGAACGGGUGCCAUUAACACUGAUGACUUCUUGGUCAGAAUGAUUAAGGGAAGUACUCAACUUGGACUUUCUCCUGAUAUCAACAACACUGUUAACAUGGUUCCUACUGACCAUGUCGCUCGUUGUGCUACCGCUGCUGCAUUCCACCCUCCUAAGUCUGGUGUGUGUGUUGCUCAAGUUACGAGUCACCCUCGUCUUCGUUUCAGCCAAUUCUUGGGUACCCUUCCUGUCUUUGGUUUUAACGUUAAGGCCGUUGAGUACUUGCAAUGGCGUGUCGCACUGGAACGUCAUGUUUCCGAGGCCAAUGACAAUGCUUUAUAUCCUCUUUUACAUUUUGUUCUUGAUAACCUUCCUGCCAACACGAAGGCGCCCGAAUUGGAUGACAAGAAUACUCACGAAAUUCUUAAGCAAGAUACCGCUUGGACCGGUGUUGAUGUCUCUGGCGGUGCUGCCGUUUUGGAGCCUCAGAUGGGUCUCUAUCUGGCCUACUUGGUUAAGACUGGAUUCUUGAAGAAGCCUGAAGGCGAGGGUAAGCCCCUUCCUAAGGUUAACAUUACCGAACAAACACUCGAAAAACUUCAAAAUGCUGGUGGACGUGGUGGAUCCGCUUGAUUUUAGAUAAAUUUUGGAUUAUUUACUAGUUUAACGACUAAAUACACAGAUUAUUUCUUAUAGAUGAAUAGUUCCUGUCAUGCUUUUAAUAUGCUGAACAUUGCUAGAGA